AUGAAGUUGGUAAUCCUGAUAUCUGUAAUAUUUAAACUAACCAGUGUCUUUGGAUACCAUGACCCGGAUCUCAACUACCACUUAAAUCAAGUUCAAAAUAGCCAUAACUGUAAUAAUGGAUACACAUACCCAGCCCCGGCUGUUCAGCUGACGACCACUGGAGUGAAGUUUGCAGCGCCUGCCGCUCUCUCAUAUCAGCCGGCUGCGGCCCCUGCACCGGUUUAUCAGUACUCCAGUAAUGGCUUUUCUGGAGGAACAGCCUAUCAAGCCCAAGCAGCCAAUCUGGCAUACACUGCCCAACCUGUUACCAACUACCAAUCUUCACUUAUAUCCCAGGCUCCUCAGACAUACACGUCUAAUGAAGUACAUGGAUAUGCAACUUCCGCCGGUCUGUCAGCUGUAGCUUCAUCAGGAAGGACGGUCACACCUCUUGCGACAUAUGCCCAAGCUCCUAUUAUAGCCAAAGUGACGGCAGCUCCACUAAUCGCAAAGUUUGCCAUCGCUCCCGCCAAAACAACGUAUGUGACUCAAAACCAAUUAAGUCAACAAGCUUCAUACGCUACUGGAUCUUUAGCGAAGGCUUCAUUGAAUUCUAACAAUGUUGUGCAAUCAGGCGGUCCAGUUGUCUCUCAAGUAUAUGCAGCUCCUUCGUCAGGAUACGCAGUAUCUCCCGCUCUUCGAGUGCAACAACAAGCUCAAGUGAUUCAAUAUGCCCAUGCUCCGGCACCCACCCAAUAUGCACAAGUUGUUCCAGUGACUCAGUAUGCCCAAGCAGGGUCUGCAGUAGCUCAAUACGCAAGCUCAUCUGUAUCACAAAGUGGUCAAUCAGCUACACAAUAUGUAACGCAGCAUUCCGCCCCGGUUGCUGCUCAAUACGCGGCACCCGCAUUGCAGUAUGCUGCCCCCGUAGUGACUCAAUAUUCUGCUUCUCCAGUAGCUCAGUAUACGACAAACAAAGUGGCAUCUGUUGCUCAAUACGCAGCACCUGUAACAGCCCAGUAUUCUCCUGUGGUAGCUCAGUAUUCAGCACCCACGGUUGCUCAAUAUCACGCGCCUGCUGUGACUCAGUACUCCGCACAGAAGGAGGUGGCAUCAACCCAAUAUGCUGCACCAGCAGUGGCUCAGGUAGCUUCAGUCGUCCCAGCACAGGCGACCGUGAAAAAUGUGCACACGGAAUUUUUGGAGAACUAUGACGCCCACCCUCGGUACGCUUAUGAGUAUGCAGUCAAUGACCCACACACCGGUGAUAUCAAGCAGCAAAAGGAGGAAAGAGAUGGAGAAGUGGUCAAAGGUCAGUAUUCUCUUGUUGAACCGGACGGCUCCGUGCGGACGGUGAACUACGUGGCUGACUGGGAGACCGGUUUUCACGCAGACGUACGCAACAGCAAAGACAAUCAACAUUAG